AGAAACUUAUUUUACCACCUCUGAAACUUGUGACUUCCUCAGAACGUGAGACACUGUCAAAUUGAAACCAACAACAAUAUAUAAAUACUUAGAUCCCUUACAUGUGGUGCAGUCUGUGCUGCAGCGCUGAACCUUCAGGAAAUAGUUGGCCACCUUAUGAGUGAUGGAUGACAUCUAUGCCAAUGUUGAACAUUGCAAGUCUGUUGACCCAAUACCUUCAACAAAUCAGACAGGUCCCAGGAGCUCAGAGAGGAGAUUUCAUGGAGCUGUUGUUCUGUGUUUGGGGCUGCUGAGUGUUUUCCUGCUGGCUGGGAUCAUCUGCCUCGGUGUCCACUACCAUGUGUCAUUACGUGGAUCAGCUGCAGAGCUCUCCACUAUCAAAGCCAAUCUGACUGAGCGUCUCCAGGCCAGUGAUGACAAGUCUUCUUCCCUGACUGAAGAGAGAGACCGGCUGAACUCCAGCCUCACUGAAAUGGCUAAAGAGCUGGACAGGCUUAAACAGAAGAAAACGUGUCCAGCAGGAUGGAGGAUGUUCAGUUCUUCCUGUUAUCUCCUCUCUGCUGAGUCUGGUUCCUGGGAGAAAGGCAGACAAUACUGCAGAGACAGAGGAGCAGAUCUGGUGGUGAUAGACAGCUCUGAAGAGCAGACAUUUCUCUCUGAAUUCAUCAAAAAAGCUACUUGGUAUUGGAUUGGUUUGACUGACAGAGAUGAGGAGGGGACCUGGAAAUGGGUAGAUGGAACUCCACUGACUCAGAAGUACUGGGCAGGGCAGCCUGAUAAUGGUGGUGGAGAUCCACGGUGGGGUGAAGAGGACUGUGCACAAAUCGUGGCUGGCAGGAACACUGGAGCAAACUGGAUAACUCUGCAAUGGAUCUGUGAAAAAAUGGAUUAACAUUUUAAACAUUUGUAAAUACUUUUAAAUGUAAGCUACAAUUAUGCAAAUUGCCUUUAAUAGUGUUAUUGCAUGUGUGAUAAAUGGAGAGAGAGAAAGAGAGAGAGCGUCUACAUCAACAUGUAAAGGUUUGGUGGUCGGGAAUCGAGUUCUCUAUGAUUUAUAAAAUAGCUUCUUGCUGGGAAACUUUAUUGUGGGAAUCUGGCA